AUGCAACACAUCGCUGGCUAUCCAGAGCCUAAAAGGCCUACAGUCUUUUACAAGCCACGUACCAGUAUCGCUGAUCACAAUGAAGCUAUUCCAAUUCCUAAGGUUGCUCAUGAUAAUCAAUGUGAUUAUGAAGGGGAAUUAUGCCUUGUCAUAGGAAAAACUGGUGUAGAUAUUAAAGAGGAAGAUGCUUUGAGUUAUGUAGCAGGAGACGAUGUGUCUGCCCGUACUUGGCAAUAUGAGAAGGACUAUGCUGGUCUUAUACCACAAUGGAAUUUCUCAAAGAGGUUUGAUAGUUAUGCUCCAUUAGGACCUGCUCUUGUUUCUACCAGAGUUAUUAAGGAUCCACAUAGGCUUCAAUUAAGAACUAGAGUUAAUGGCGAGCAACGGCAAGAAGCCAAUACUGAUGAACUCAUAUUUAGCAUUCAAAAGAUCAUUGCUUUCUUAAGUCAGGGUACCACAUUGGAGAAAGGGACCGUAAUUAUGACUGGUACUCCAGAUGGUGUAGGUGCAAUCGGUGGAAAAUGGUUAAGAGAUGGCUUUCUAAGAAGAGUGCAAAAACUUGCAAAUGUGAUUUCUCACUUUCUCAGAAUUUUCUCAAACUUGAUUAUAAUGCCUCCUAUAUACUACAUGAUGAUAUAA